AUGGACCAGACCUGGUGCCUCCAGAGGGAGCUGACCCUCCUACACCUUGAUCUUAAACUUGCAGUGGCAUUACUGUGGAAAUCCAUGUCUGAAGCCAAAGUCUUCUUUGGUUUGAACCAGACCCUCUUGCAGCAGGAGAGCCUGCGAGUGGGCAGGCUUCAGAUCCCUUAUGUCACAGAGGAUCUCAUCAAACACUCUAACUGUGGGGACCUCAGCUCUGUCAUCUUCAGCCAUGACAGCUCCCAGGUCUCCAAUUUCAUUAAUGCCACCCUUCUGCCCCAGGAGCACAUCACGACCCAGGAGAUUUACAGCUAUGUCUGGCGUGAGCUCAUCUACAAGUGCAGUGAGAGGAGGGGGCAUCUAGUCAAGGGGCUGUUGGAGGAGUUCCCGGACAAGGGCUUCUUCUUUGAGUUUUCCUUUCUGCUUGUUUUGCUUACUGCAGGUCACUUUAUGGGCAACCACACAGUGCUGGAUGUGUUGCUGUGCAAAGGCUAUGAGGUGGAACAUACCUCCGCUGGACGACCCAUCAGCAAAGAGAGGAGUGAAAGGCCCUUUUCCCAACACACCUCAUCCCCCAUCUUUGACCCGGAAGUGUCGGCAGAAGCCUUGGCACCAGAAUCUGUGUCUGUGGUGCCCUCCCAGCUGCCUCGCCAGGUGUCCUUGCCUAGAAGUGCCAACCUACUGGGUAGGGAGGAGCAGAAGUUCCGGAAGAAGCUGAGGUGCCUGCAUCAGAGGUAGUGUCUCAGGCAGUUCAGUGACUUGUGGGUCCACCUGGAGGAGAGUGCUGUGGCCCCACAAAUCCCUGUCCUGGACAGGUUUGUCUCUGCCGAGUUGUGGCUCCUUUGUCAUGGACAUGUUCAUCACAGCCGGAUGGCCAGCAGUGCCUGCCUCUCUCUCUGGACUCCCGUGCUUUGGGUUCUAGUACUGGCUUUCCAAACACAGACAUCCCUACUUUAA